AUGUCUGUUACUACUGGUGCUCCCGGCUCAGCAGUAGCUGCUGCUGUCGACAUGAUCGAGCAGGCCAAGCGCAAGGCCGCAUACCGCGCCGUCGCCGACCACUUCGACCCUGAGAUGCAAUUCGUCGGAAUAGGCUCUGGAAGCACAAUCAUCUACGGUGUUGAGGCCAUCAAGGACUGCUUGGCCAAGAACCCUCCCAAGAACGGUCGCUACAUCUUCUUUGUCCCUACUGGUUUCCAAUCGAGAAAGGUCAUUGAGCAGGCUGGCCUCAUGCCCAUGGGCUUCGACAGCUUGCCCGAGAACGUCAUGUUGGAUGUUGCCUUUGACGGCGCUGACGAGGUUGAUGACGACUUGAACUGCAUCAAGGGUGGUGGUGCUUGCUUGUUCCAGGAGAAGCUGGUCGCAACCCGCGCAAAGAAGUUUGUCUGCAUUGCUGGUAGGACUCCCCUUCUGACAUCCUCUCGCCAUCACCUUGUGCUGACCCCUCGUUCUAGAUUACCGCAAAACCAGACUCGCCUGGUCACAAAGUGGCCCUCAAUACCCAUCGAGGUCGCUCCUAUCGCCCAUGCUACUGUUAUGCGUCAGCUCAAGCUCAUUGGUUCCGUCGAACCUGUGUUGCGUGAGCACACCCUUGCAAAGACUGGUCCCGUCCAGACCGACCAAGGUUUCUACAUCAUCGACGCUCCCUUCAAGCCCCUUCUUACCCAGGACGACAUCAAGAACGGCAAGGACGGCUCAGGCAAGGAUGGUCAGUGGGAGGUCACUGCCCUCGCUCACAAGAUCAAGUCCAUCUCCGGUGUUCUCGAGGUCGGUCUCUUCUUCGGUCCCAACGGUUACGAGGUCCAGGCUGCUGGCGGCCAGGGCGGUCAGAAGCCCGUUGCUGCCUACUUCGGUAACGAGGAUGGCUCUGUCAGCGUCAAGGAGGCACAACCUCCCAAAUAA